AUGAGGGAACCAAAACAAGUUUCUCACCAACGCGCUGGUUUUUCUUUUUUUUAUAUUGAUAAGAGGACGGAGAGAGAGAGCGAGAGAGAGAAUAGCAUAUGGGGCGGGAAUGAUGGAACCAAAACGUACUGUAUGUUCAUUACUAGGCCUGUAAAGUUGGGAGAUAAAGAUAGAAAACGAAUGAGACGGUCUACCGCCGCGACGCCCAUCCCGUAAUGUCUCAUCCCUGAACGUUUCACAACUACCGGUUGACUGCGGCUGGAAUUGUGACGGAUCGACGCACUGAGCAUGUCAGGGCGAGUUCAUAGAAAUGCGUUUGGAAAUAAAAUCAGUAAGAAAAUACGUCUUUCAAAAUCAUUUGGGGAUGUUCGACUCACGAGGAUGCUUGAAGGAAUUUGAUUUUCCACUUUGACAACUCUAAACUGUUUGGAUGAAUUCUAUUUUUCAAGACUUCCAAGUUCGCCACAGGUCUCUAUCACAGCCCAACUUGUUGCUAUUGAAAUUAUAUCUUGCUCAAAUACAGUUGUAGGUCUAUGUCACUCAUCUUUCUUAGUUUGAACAACAGUCAAUAUUGAAUUAAACGGUUAACCACUAACUGGAUAAAACGAGAAGAUGUUGGAGAAAUAUUCCCGGCACAGCGCCGGAGGUGCGCCCGUCCUGGACCCGGACCUGCAACUCAAACUACCGGAGAGUAACGUGGGUACCAGAGGCCAAGAGAAAGAUAACGGGUCUGGGCAGAAACUGGUGGAGAUAACGGGACCGGCGCUGUCCAAACGGAAACUACUGGUCGGUCUGGACCUGCUCUGUCUGGUUCUGGCCUCCAUCCCGUUCUUGGUGUGUGAGCUGAAGGCAGUGAGUCCAUAUAGCAGAGGGUUUUUCUGUGGUGAUCCCAGCAUCAUGUAUCCAUACCUACACAGAGAGGCUAUACCAGAUCAGCUGCUCAUUACUGGUGGGAUCAUCAUCACCGGACUCACUAUAGCUUUAGGGGAGUGUUACCGGGUGCAUUACCGAGGGGUCAGCUCCAAAGCCUUCGUCAGGAACCUGUACGUCUCAUGCCUGUAUAAGGAGUUAGGUUCCUUCCUGUUCGGCUGCUGCGUCGGCCAAUCCCUGACCAACAUGGCCAAGCUGAGCGUGGGGCAGCUGCGACCUCACUUCCUGUCUGUGUGCGGCGUCUCGUAUGCCUCGCUCAACUGCACCCCCGGAACCUACGUCUCCACGGUAACCUGCAGACAGACAGACCACCGAUUGGAGGAGGAGGCCAGGAAAUCAUUCUUCUCUGGUCAUGCUUCGUUUGCAAUGUACACCAUGCUGUAUCUAGCAUUCUACCUCCAAGCCAGGUGGUGUUGGCGAGGGGCCAGGUUACUCAGACCCCUCAUACAGUUCUUCCUGGUUCUACUAGCUGUGUAUACAGGCCUGACUAGGAUAUCUGACUAUCGACAUCAUCCCUCUGAUGUCAUCACUGGCUACAUACAGGGAGCCUUGACUGCCUACUGGGUGGCCUUCCACGUCUCCUCCAUGUUUAAAGACUACAACUCUACCCUCUCUCCUAGCCUGGACAACCCCCCAUCACCACACCUCCUCCAUGUUUAAAGACUACAACUCUACCCUCUCUCCUAGCCUGGACAACCCCCCAUCACCACACCUCCUCCAUGUUUAAAGACUACAACUCUACCCUCUCUCCUAGCCUGGACAACCCCAUCACCACACCUCCUCCAUGUUUAAAGACUACAACUCUACCCUCUCUCCUAGCCUGGACAACCCCCCAUCACCACACCUCCAUGUUUAAAGACUACAACUCUACCCUCUCUCCUAGCCUGGACAACCCCCCAUCACCACACCUCCUCCAUGUUUAAAGACUACAACUCUACCCUCUCUCCUAGCCUGGACAACCCCCCAUCACCACACCUCCUCCAUGUUUAAAGACUACAACUCUACCCUCUCUCCUAGCCUGGACAACCCCCCAUCACCACACCUCCUCCAUGUUUAAAGACUACAACUCUACCCUCUCUCCUAGCCUGGACAACCCCCCAUCACCACACCUCCUCCAUGUUUAAAGACUACAACUCUACCCUCUCUCCUAGCCUGGACAACCCCCCAUCACCACACCUCCUCCAUGUUUAAAGACUACAACUCUACCCUCUCUCCUAGCCUGGACAACCCCCCAUCACCACACCUCCUCCAUGUUUAAAGACUACAACUCUACCCUCUCUCCUAGCCUGGACAACCCCCCAUCACCACACCUCCUCCAUGUUUAAAGACUACAACUCUACCCUCUCUCCUAGCCUGGACAACCCCCCAUCACCACACCUCCUCCAUGUUUAAAGACUACAACUCUACCCUCUCUCCUAGCCUGGACAACCCCCCAUCACCACACCUCCUCCAUGUUUAAAGACUACAACUCUACCCUCUCUCCUAGCCUGGACAACCCCCCAUCACCACAGUGUUUCAGUCCUGUGAAAUCACUUACCUCAGUUUUCUGUGAGAGAAAGAGAUAAGGAGAUAGAGAGAUUAAGAGACAGAAAGGGAGACGGGAGAAAAAAAGAAGGAGAGAGAUAGGGAAAGAGAGUGAGAGGGGGGAUAGUGGGAGAGAAAGAGACAGAGAGAGAGAGAGAGGUGUGGGAGAGAGGGAGAGAAAAAGAGGGGGAGACAGAGAGAGAGAGAUGGGGGAGAUAGUGGGAGAGAAAAAGAGAGACAGAGAGAGAGGAGAUAUUAGCAUAUCUAAAAAUCUAGUUCUAUGGUAGAACCUGUCCUCCGUAGCUCAGUUGGUAGAACCUGUCCUCCGUAGCUCAGUUGAUAGAACCUGUCCUCCGUAGUUCAGUUGGUAGAACCUGUCCUCUGUAGAUCAGUUGGUAGAACCUGUCCUCUGUGGCUCAGUUGGUAGAACCUGUCCUCUGUAGCUCAGUUGGUAGAACCUGUCCUCUGUAGCUCAGUUGGUAGAACCUGUCCUCUGUAGCUCAGUUGGUAGAACCUGUCCUCUGUAGCUCAGUUGGUAGAACCUGUCCUCUGUAGCUCAGUUGGUAGAACCUGUCCUCUGUAGCUCAGUUGGUAGAACCUGUCCUCUGUAGAUCAGUUGGUAGAACCUGUCCUCUGUAGCUCAGUUGGUAGAGCAUGGCAUUUGCAACACCAGGAUUGUGGGUUUGAUUCCUGGGGCCUCCCCAUACGUAAAAAUGUGUACAUGACUGACUGAAAGUUGAUUUGGAUAAAAAGUGCCUGGUAAUGGAAUAUGUAAAUCCAUAUUAGUGCCUCACAAACUAUGUAUGUAAAUAAUCCACUUUUAAAGGGCUGAUCUGGGAUUGGUAGGUCCACAUCCAUUUCUUUUACUUCUUAACGAAUGAUAACGGAGAAUGCUUUGUUGUUAUUUUGAAUCCCGGAUUGCCCCUUUAAUUAAAGUCCACCUAUACUAAACCAGAUGAUUAUGUUAGUCCGGGAUUCAAUCUGAUUGCGCUUUGUCAACAAUGCCAUUAAUGCCAUUCAUAGGGAAUGUCGGCACCUUUGGGAGACCACAUUCACCGCUGCAUAUGUCGGUUCAAUCGGAAAUGUUUAAAUGGUGCGUUGUUGGCAAAGCACCAUGGGAUUGAAUUCCGACCGUAGUGUGGCUCUUCUAGCUAAAGCUGCUAAUUAUCGUUAGAAUUCUUUACAAAUGAUUUGUACAUAUAGUAUUUAUAUAUCACCACUAACAUGGUACUAUUAGUAUUUUCUACUACAUAUAUCCGAAUUAUUCACCAAUUACACAGCCAGGGUACAUAUAGUAUUUUGUACCACAUGCGGCUGGUGGCACCUUAACUGGGGAGGAGGGGCUCAUAGUAAUGGGUGGAAUGUAGUAAAUGGACUGGUAUCAAACACAUGGUUUCCAUGGUUUCCAUCUGUUUUAAAGCCCUUCCAUUCACUCCAUUCCAGACAUUAUGAGCCGUCCUCCCCCAACAGCCUCCUGUGUUUUUCUUUCCAAGUUAUACUAUUCAGACAUUGGAAUUAUAUUUAAUAAGACGUAACUGUAGUUAUGUUAAUAAGAUUGUACAUAAAACCAGUGAAUGUAACUGAAAUGAAUGUGAACGUUUCAUUUCAAUCGUGUAAUAAUCCACUCCAUUGUAAUGUGUUGCGUGUGUUAUACUGUGUGUGUGUGUGUGUGUGAUUCUAUGCCAGUGUGUGUGAAUCCACUGUACAGUCUGUAACUAGGAUAACCACUAACUAUGAAAUACUAUGUUGACUUUAU